GAUGUCCAACAAAAAUGUCCGUAUCCGGUUUGGCCUGCUGUUAGAGGCGUACUGCCGGGCGUGCGGAGCGUACCUGAAGUCCCUGGUACGACAGGUGGAGGCCCAGGAGAAACUCACCAUGCUGACAGAAACACUACAGGAGAGGGAGAGAGAAAAGAAAGACACAACACAAAGGGAGAGAUUAAAGUUCCUCGGAGAGAAGAUUAACCAGGAGGAUUAUCUAGAAGCCCUGCAGAACUUUCCCUGUCCACUCAACCCAUCUCAACUGCUGGGAAAACUGCUUAUUAAGGAGUGUAAAGUGAUGAAGUCAGCCAAGCGCCCCUUGUGGCUCAACUGGGAGAACCCUGACCCCAUGGCUGACCUCUACUUCCUCAACCAGAUGAUCAUCUUCAAGAAUGGAGAUGAUCUUCGUCAGGACAUGCUGACGAUACAAAUGAUCCGGAUCAUGGACAAUAUAUGGCAGACGGAGGGGCUAGAUCUCAGAAUGCUGCCGUACCAGUGCCUGUCCGCGGGAAACUGCGUGGGAAUGAUCGAGGUGGUGAGGAACGCCAAGACCGUGAUGCAGAUCCAGAGGAUGAGCGGGAUCACGGGCACGCUGCAGCUCCGCAGCGACUCUCUACACGAGUGGAUCAAGUCCAAGAACAAGGGGGACAGGUCAGACCUAACGUCAACUCUUAUGAUUCUGCUUUCUACAACCCUAAAGGUGGUAUCUCACUGCACUUAG